AUAUUGACGGCGGUUCAUUGGCAGGUGGGCCGGGCGCGGCGUCAGCGCCGGCUGGUGGGGUGGGAUAUAUCGGGGGCUGGUGGUCGCCUGGCUGCAGCACCCAGCCACCAGUCUUAGACUAACGAUCUACCAGUCCACACGCUUCUCCAACCCCGCUUAGAACUCCCCUGCCCAAGAUGUGGGAUGUAGAGGAUGAAGAGACCGUGGAGGCGACUCCCGAGGUGACGGAGGCGGCGCCGCCGGAGCCCACGCCCGAGGAGCUCGCGGCCAAGGAGGCCGAGGAGGCCGAGGCCGCCGCCGCCGAGGCCGCCGCGCUCAAAGCUGCACAGGAACCCAAGAAACUUAUCUUCAAACACUGGGUCAGGCCAAAGUUCCUGCAAUACAACUACAUGUACGACUACCGACACAACUACUACGACGACGUGAUCAACUACCUGGACCGGCGGAACCACGGCAUGGCGGUGGAGAAGCCCCGCGCACAGACCUGGGCCGAGCGCGUGCUCCGGACCUACCUCUCCAAGCCCCGCCACGGACCCCUAAACGCUGGCAAAGACACUGCACUGCUCAGGGCCGUGUCUACCGGCUCACGAUUCCACCGUUACCACAGCAAGAGCAUCAUCUCAAGGAAGUAUUCUAAGCUGGGCUUUAACACCGUGUCUAUCUAGCUUCGCAAAUAACACCGCCUGCUUGGUCUCGCUACGCUCUCUCUCCCCGGUCUUCCAUCAUGACCUCGCCGUGAAUGUUACAGGAUCUCCCUGUCGUGAGCUGUCUGACGGCUGGCACCCCGGCCCUAGUAUCCGUUCUACAAGCCGUCCGCAUUCCUUAUUAACUAAUUGUCAUUUGGGUAAGACAAUAAAAGGUUAAAUCUUA